GCUUCUUCGGGGUUAAAAGGGAAGGUCCGGCCUGGGGUCCCCCGGCAGAGGAUUCUGGCGGCCCACACGGCGGGGCAGAGGCACUUCUGGGUCCCCUCCCUCCUUCCGAUCGGCGACUCCCAGCCUAGGUCCUGGCCAUGAGACCCCCGCACCGCCACCUCUCCGCCGCCUCUGGUGCUUGGGCCCUGGCGAAGCUGCUGCCGCUGCUGCUGAUGGCGCAACUCUGCGCCGCGGAGGCGGUGCUGCUCCCCGGAAACGACACUGGCUCGGACCCCGUAGCCUCCGGCGCCCCGUGCCCGCGCGGCUCGCAGCCCUGGCAGGUCUCCCUCUUCAAUGGCCUCUCGUUCCACUGCGCGGGCGUCCUGGUGGACCAGAACUGGGUGCUUACGGCCGCGCACUGCUGGAACAACAAGCCACUGUGGGCUCGAGUUGGGGAUGACCACCUGCUGCUCCUCCAGGGCGAGCAGCUCCGCCGGGCAGUUCAUGCUGUUAUCCACCCCAAGUACCGCCAGGGCUCGGGCCCCAUCCUGCCAGGGCGGACAGACGAGCACGACCUCAUGCUGCUGAAGCUGGCCAGGUCCGCUGUACUGGGGCCCCGCGUCCAGACCCUGCAGCUGCCCUACCGCUGUGCCCAGCCUGGCGACCAGUGCCAGGUGGCUGGCUGGGGUACCACGGCCACCCGAAGAGUGAAAUACAACAGGGGACUGACCUGCUCCGGGGUCACUCUCCUGAGCCCUAAAGAAUGUGAGGUCUUCUACCCUGGUGUGGUCACCAACAACAUGAUAUGUGCCGGACUGGACCAGGGCCAGGACCCUUGCCAGGACCCUCCAGGGCAUCCUCUCAUGGGGAGUUUACCCUUGCGGAUCUGCCCAGCAUCCGGCCGUCUACACCCAGAUCUGCAAAUACAACACCUGGAUCAAGAAAACCAUACGCUCCAGCUGAUCCAGACGGCCAGAGAUCCCUUCACCGGCUCUCCUCCUCCCCACCCUGCAGUGCUCGGACCUCUGCCACCAUCCACACCUGUUAACACCUCUCCUCUCCCCUCAUUCCCCUCCUCCUUCCCAUUCUCUGUCCACACUGAAGCCAACGCGCAGAGAAAGUGGUGACAAAGUUUCAUUCAAGACAAGCGAGGAAGCCGGUGGUCACCCAGUCUCUAUGAGAUGUUAUCAGAGUCACCCAACCUGGCUUCCUCUACCGCUCCCCGCUGUGUGACCUUGGGCAAGCCAAGUACCUUCUCUGUGCCUCAGUUUCCUCACCUGCAAAAUGGGGACAAUGAAGUGCCUACCUCUUAGAUGUGUUGCGAGACUAUGAUAUAACGCGUGUGUGUAAAUCUUUAUGGUAAUUAUCAUGUAAGCCUUAACAGUGGGUGGUGAGCUCUGAAUAAAUGUUACCGGUUGUCAUGAUC